UCGAAGUGGCCCGAAGUGGCUCACCAGACUUGUUUCGGCAGUCGUGACGUCCUUCUCUGGGUGUGGAGCACCGCCGAUGUCAGAGCUCGACUUGGAGGUUCCAGAAGAACAUGGCAGGAUGCAACAAGAUGUGCUCGACCUCCAGGGAUUGGAGGUGGAUCGGAGCAUGGAUCAGGUGGCCUCGUCAUGCCUCUCCAGCCAUGGCCUUGCGGGUCAUACCAGUGGCCUGGGCUCUCCAAGCUAUGGGAGUGGGAGCGAGAUCAGCUCCGAAGCAGCACAGCUGGCGGCCAGGAUGCGUCAGAUGCUUCCCGUGGUGGCCGGCUUGGUCUCCAGCAUGAGAGUCACACAUCCCGGAGUCCUCCGCGGCACGCCGGCCUACCGGCCCUUUCAGAGGUGUGGCCAGGCCUUUAAUCCUGGUUCCGAGGAGGAAUUCUCCAAGAAGAGCUUCGAAGUGAAGCACAUCACGACUUUUUGGUCCCACAGUUGGCGUGGACCGCGUUGGCCCAAGGCCUUGACACUGAUGGUGAUCUACAAUGGUCAAAUCGCCGUGUGCAUGGGGACCUUGGCGGCGUUUCUGAUGAUGAUCCUGUUCAGCUUCCAACUUCUUCCAGGCUUUAGCCGCCUGGCAUGGGCCGAUUUCCAUCUCUUCUCAUGUUGGUCCACCAUGACGGGCUCCAUCGUCAGCUUUUUGACCUUCAUCUUCUGGCGGCCUCAACAGCUGGUCUUCUUCGACCGCAUGUGCAUCCCGGAGAAUGACAGCCGUCUCAAAGCGGAGGCGAUCUAUAGUUUGGCUGGCAUCUUGAAGAGCUCUUCCAAGAUGUUAGUUCUGUGGGACACCACUUGGAGCGAGCGCUUGUGGUGCUUGUUCGAGUUGGCGGCCUUCUUGAAGAGCCAAAAGGCCCUCGCCCCGCAGGGAGGCGGCCAAAGCCUCGAAAUCCGGCCUACCUUCCUGGGGCCUAGCAUGCUCUUCGUGUUUUUGACAAUCUUCGCUGGAUCCAUUGGGCUGGUGCUGUCCCCCGUGUCCUCGCACGACAACCUGAUGAUCCCGAUCGGGUGUGGGCUCCUCGCGGGCUCCGCCGUCGGGUGGAUGGCCAUCAGUGCGCUGCGCAGCUACUUCCGCUCCAUCGAGGCCUUGGAAGCGAAACUCCAAUGGGCCACCUUGGAGGGCACUCGCUGCACCUGCUGCGACGAAGCGCACCUCGAUCGACGUGGUCAACCCAUGCUGUGCGACAGAGAGGUGGUGAAAGAAUGCCUAAAGAGCUGGUUCGGAAGUGAAGAGGAGUUCGAGAAGUAUGUGCGCUCGGAGGUAUGGCACGCCAUGAGCUUGGACCUUCAGGAGCGGGUCUUCUCUGCGAAUAUGAGCCGAGCUGUUUGCGCGCCUGUGUUGUGGGCCUUCAUGGACCUGGCGGCCUCCUAUAUGCAAUUUCUCGCCGAUGCCGAGUCUGGGUUGCCGUGGAUUGGUUGGGGAUUCCUCGUGGACGGACUGGUGAUCCAACUGAUCUUGUGCCCAUUCGUGUUCCACAUCGUGGUUUUCCUGGCACGUCGCUUUCGCCGGAGAGGUGCCUCAUUCUGCAGUGAGGUCUUUCGCAAUUUCUUUGUCGUGCUUUGUGCGGUGAUGGCCCUGGGCUUAGCAGCUGCCUUCUAUGUCAGUGGCUGGGCCAUCUUCGUCCGUGGCGGCAUUUUCGUGCUGGGAUUCCCCCGCAGCAGCUACUUCGCCGGUCCGCUGCUGACAGCUUGGUUGCUCCAUCAAGUGCACCAACGAUGUACCAAGAAGGUCCCCAAGAGCCAAGCUGGUCGCCGGCAUGGCCUUCCAGGCCAUUCACUUGAAGAAGGUGCCGACUGAUGCGACUUGAAGUGCCGACUCGCGGUGGAUGGCAUUACGGGUGGUCGACCUAAGAACACGGGGUGAGGUGGUUUCAUUGAAUGUAUA